AUGGUAAGCACCUCACAGUUUAAACAGCUGGAAAAGCUGGGAAAUGGUACAUAUGCUACUGUCUAUAAAGGGCUUAACAGAACUACAGGGCAGUAUGUUGCUUUGAAGGAAGUUAAAUUAGAUUCCGAGGAAGGUACUCCUUCUACCGCUAUUCGGGAAAUAUCUUUAAUGAAGGAGCUGAAGCACGAGAAUAUUGUCAGGCUGUACGAUGUUAUACAUACUGAAAACAAGCUUACACUGGUAUUUGAAUAUAUGGAUAAUGACCUGAAGAAGUUCAUGGACUCUAGGGUGGAUAGGGAGAUGCCUAGGGCUCUGGAACUGUCCCUGGUGAAGUUCUUCCAGUGGCAAUUAGUUAGAGGCGUUGCGUUUUGUCACGACAAUAAGAUCUUACAUCGUGAUCUAAAGCCUCAAAAUCUGUUGAUAAACAAUAAAGGUCAAUUGAAAUUGGGUGACUUUGGGCUUGCUCGUGCCUUUGGGAUCCCUGUGAAUACAUUCAGUAGCGAGGUCGUUACUCUUUGGUACAGGGCUCCAGAUGUUUUAAUGGGAUCUAGAACAUAUUGCACAUCUAUUGAUAUCUGGUCAUGUGGCUGUAUUCUAGCAGAGAUGAUUAUGGGGAAGGCUUUAUUCCCAGGAACUAAUGAUGAAGAACAGUUGAAGUUGAUCUUUGAGCUGAUGGGCACUCCUGAUGAACAAUCGUGGCCUGGAGUGAGCCAAUUACCUAAAUACAACCCUCAAAUCACCUCCUACCCUUCUAAACCACUUCAACAGCUCCUCCAGUCUAACACUAAGGAAGUUAUUGACGACCAGGUUGUCGACCUUGCUCGCAAUUUGCUACAUUUAAACCCAGAGAUGAGGCUCGGUGCCCAGCAGGCUUUGAAUCAUCCAUGGUUCGAUGAAUAUCGAUAA